AUGGUGUUUUUGAAGAAUCGCCGAUUCUUGCGUAGGAAUCAUCCAUAUCGAAAGCAGGCUGCAGCAUUUGACAACAUGAUUGAGAAUGAAGUCGCCCCUGAACCAUUAAGUGGAGAAGAGGUUCUGGCAAUGGUACGCCAUAUUCUUGAUGUGAUGCACAUUGAGAAGAAUUGUUGCGAUGCCAUAAUUGGGACCCUAUUGAAUAUUCCUGGUAAGACAAAGGAUGGAGCUGCUUGUCGUUUGGACAUGGUGGAUAUGGGCAUCAAAACUGACUUGAAAGUGGUAGCUGGGGAGAAAAAGGCCAAGUUGCCUUUGGCUAGUUGGAAUUUGCUGCAUCAUGAGAAAAAAAUAGUCUGCAGAUCCUUUUUUGGAAUGUCAGUUCCUACACGCUUCUCCUCAAAUAUUAGUAAUCUGGUCUCCAUGGAAGAUUUAAAACUGGUCGGUCUUAAGUCACAUGACUGCCACACAGUGAUGCAGUAUCUACUCCCCGUUGCAUUAAGAUCAGUUCUAGAGAAGCCUGUUAGGUAUGCCAUUAUUCGGUUUUGCCUGUUUUUUAAGGCAAUUUGUAGUAAAGUCAUAAAUGUUUCUAGACUUAAACAAAUGCAAGCAGAUCUGGUUGAUACUGUUUGUUUGCUUGAAAAAUUCUUCCCACCUUCAUUUUUCGACAUUAUGAUUCAUCUAACAGUACAUCUUGUUAGAGAAGUUGAAUCGUGUGGCCCUGUGUUUUUCCGAUGGAUGUUCCCAUUCGGGAGGUACAUGAAAGUACUCAAAGGGUAUGUUAAAAAUCGACAUUUUCCUGAGGGCUGCAUGUCUGAGAAGUAUAUUGUUGAAGAAGCUGUAGAGUAUUUAGAAGAGCGUAUCCAUUCUGAAGGUGGUAUCACUGUGGGAAUUCCAUCGACAAGCAAAGCUGGAAACUACAAACAGAGCAGGCCCUUAUCACGGCCAACUAUCAUAUCUGUGUACGGAAAGCUGAUGCAUCUUGCACACCUUUGUGUCUUACAAAAUACUGAAGACGUCCAGCCCUACAUCAAGGAGCACAAUGAAUAUUUGGAGUUGAUUUACCCAAAUAACGUGAAGAACAAGAAGUGGAUGAGGGAAAAACAUAAUGUUGCAAAUCAAUUGAGGCUGAAAUCCGAUAAAGUUUCACAAACAUUAAGGUGGAUGGCUGCUGGUCCCAAAAAUCAAGUGCCAACCUAUGCUGCUUACCAUGUCAAUGGAGUUGACUACAACACCAAAGAGAGAGACAGCGUUCGAUCAUUUCAAAACAGCAGUGUAACAUUGCUUGCCAAUGCAAUGCAAGUUGCAAGUGCGAGGGAUCAAAAUCCAUCCGACGGUGCUAUGGACUUCUAUGGAGUUAUUAGAAGUAUAUGGGAGGUGGACUACUAUAAGUUUAGGGUUCCUGUGUUCCACUGUGAUUGGGUAGAGAGUACUAGAGCCGUCAAAGUAGAAGAACUUGGGUUUAUGUUGGUGAAACUGAAUAGGUUAGGGCAUUUAAAUGAUCCUUUUGUGUUAGCUACACAUGUGAAACAAAUAUUUUAUAUUGAGGAUCCCCUAAAUGCGGAAUGGUCAGUAGUCGUGAGGUGCCCGGAUAUAGACUACCAUGGGGUUGAUGAUGACGAUGAGGUUGAAGACACAGAUGAACAAGCGUUCAUUCCAGCAAUGUAUGCCAUCAGUUGA